AGGAUCUCUCUUACCUCAACUUCGAUCUCCUUCGUCGGAACCCCCUUUCUUUUUCUCUAGACUUCAUUCUAUCUACUAACAAUGCUUCUUUACGAAGACAUCAUCACCGGCGAUGAGAUGUUCUCUGAUGCAUUCCCCAUGAAACUGGUGGACGGAAUCGCCUACGAAGUCGAUUGCCAGAUGAUCGUCCUAAAGGAGGGCGAUGUCGAUAUCGGUGCCAACCCUUCAGCUGAAGAACAGGAAGAGGCACUUGAGGCUGGAGCAAUUUCCGUCAACAACAUCGCACAUUCAUUCCGUCUUCAAUCUACCGUCUACGACAAGAAAGCAUAUCUAGGCCACCUCAAGGAUUAUAUGAAGAAAGUAGCGGAAAAAUUGGCAGAGAGUGGAGAUCCUAAUGCUCUUGCUACUGUUACCGACUUCAAGGCCAAAGCAAAUGUUUUCGCUAAGAAAAUAGUUGGUAAUUUCAAAGACUACGAAUUCUACACUGGUGAGAGCAUGAACAUCGAGGGAAUGGUGGCCUUGUUGAACUACCGGGAGGAUGGGAUUACCCCCUACUUCACGUUCUGGAAGCACGGUCUCAAGGAAGUCAAACUUUGAUAUCUUAUUUCAACUGUGCUUUUCAUUAUUCUCAUCAAGGCAAUCACGAGUCUGCUCCACUUUGCGCUCUUACGAGCCCCCAUGAAUGCAAGAGAUAACAUGAGUAGAUGCAACUUUACUACACAAAUAAUUACAGUUCGUCGUGAGCAUCUCGCGGUGCCUCGAAUGUAGCCUGCGAUCCGUUUUCCGGAGCUUUGACUGCAGGCUUCAGGCUGUUUUUAGCAUGCUCCUCCACAUACGCAACAAAAGAUUCCAACUCCCGGUCACCGUUGUACUCAAGGAACUCCCGCGAUCCAGCAGGUUUGAACUUUAGGGUAGGGAAUGAACUAACGCGGAAUGGCGCUGAAACCGGGAGAUCAUUCUCCGAACCCUCAAACUUUGCACUGCAGAAAUUAAUAAGCUACUGUCCAAAAAGUGGAGGAGUGAACGUACAUGAUCAACUGGUCCUUCACACC